AUGGCUGCGCUGGGCGAGGAUCUGCUCGUCACUGUGAACAAGCUCCAGGACUUGGUCUUUAACACCAUUGGCAAUGAUUCCCUCGAUUUGCCGCAGAUCGUUGUCGUCGGCUCCCAAUCCUCCGGCAAGUCGUCCGUCUUGGAGAACAUCGUCGGACGCGAUUUUCUACCACGUGGAAGUGGCAUCGUCACUCGUCGCCCUUUGAUUCUCCAACUCAUCAACAUCCCGAGCGAUCGCGACGAUCAAGAACAUGACGAGAUCAAUGUCCCUCACACCGCAGCCAGCGUGGCUGGUCACUCCGAAUGGGCUGAAUUCCACCACCAACCCGGCCGCAAGUUUGACGACUUCCUUCAGGUGAAGCAGGAAAUCGAGGCCGAAACCGCUCGCAUUGCUGGAAGUAACAAGGGCAUCAACCGACAACCCAUCAACCUCAAAAUCUUCUCUCCUCAUGUCCUCAACCUGACCCUGGUCGAUCUGCCCGGUCUCACCAAGGUGCCCAUUGGUGAUCAACCAUCCGACAUUGAGAAACAGACGCGUACCCUGAUCCUGGAAUACAUCGCCAAGCCCAACAGUAUCAUUCUUGCUGUUUCCCCGGCCAACGUCGACCUGGUGAACUCCGAGGCUUUGAAGCUGGCCCGACAAGUGGAUGCCAUGGGUCGGAGGACAAUCGGUGUGCUGUCCAAGCUGGAUCUCAUGGACCACGGCACCAAUGCGAUGGAUAUUCUGUCCGGUCGCGUGUACCCGUUGAAGCUGGGCUUUAUUGGUGUUGUCAACCGUUCUCAGCAGGAUAUCCAGUCUGGCAAGGAGCUCGCGGAUGCCCUCCGAGCUGAGGCCGACUUCUUCCGCCACCACCCUGCCUAUCGCAAUAUGGCCAACCGAUGCGGAACACAGUACUUGGCCAAGACCCUUAACUCAACUCUGAUGUCUCACAUUCGGGACCGACUACCCGAUAUCAAGGCCCGCCUCAAUACCUUGAUGGGACAGACCCAACAGGAAUUGGCGAGCUACGGCAACAAGCAGUUCAGUGGACCGGAACACCGUGGAUCCUUGAUUCUGCAGCUUAUGACCCGGUUCGCAUCGUCUUUCAUCUCAUCCAUUGACGGAACCUCUUCCGAAAUCUCGACCAAGGAGCUCUGCGGUGGAGCUCGGAUCUACUACAUUUUCAACGAAGUCUUCGGAAACUCCCUCGAAACCAUCGACCCUACCCACAACCUGACCGUGUCGGAUAUCCGCACCGCCAUCCGCAACUCCACCGGUCCUCGACCCAGUCUGUUCGUUCCAGAACUUGCAUUCGACCUGCUAGUCAAGCCCCAAAUCAAGCUCCUAGAGUCCCCCGCCCAGCGCUGCGUCGAGCUCGUCUACGAAGAGCUCAUCAAGAUCUGCCACACAUGCGGCUCGCAAGAACUUGUUCGCUUCCCUCGCCUCCAAGGCAAGCUCAUCGAAGUGGUCUCCGACCUCCUCCGCGAGCGUCUGGGCCCUUGCUCAGGCUACGUCGAAUCACUGAUCUCCAUUCAACGAGCCUACAUCAACACAAACCACCCCAACUUCCCUGGCGCCGCAGCAGCCAUGGCCUCAAUCAUCCAGAACAAGCAAGAAGAAGAGCGCAAAGCCGUUUUAGCCGAGGAAAAGCGCAAGCGCGAAAAGCGACGCAUGAAGGAACUCGGCGCCGCGAACGGGACUGCCAACCCGGAAGAAGAGGACGCCCAGUCUGAGAAGAACCACCUUCCCAUCCGCAGUCAGUCGUCAAAGGGAGGACGCAGCUUGUCCCCCAAUGUAGGCCGCGGUGCAGAGAACGGCAUCGCAGCGACAUUGAACGGCACUUAUGGACAGAACCACGCGACUGGUUUCGGUGGUCAACCUUCUACCCGUGACUCAUUCUUGAAUUACUUCUUCAGCAAUGGUGGUGCAGGCGGUACCAGUACCGGCACGCCCGUGUCCACCCGCUCAGCGCACUCCGUCGAGCCAACUAUCAGUCAAAGCCUCCGUCGCUCCGAAAUGCGGUCUCCACCAAUGCAGGCUGAAGAGUAUCCGGCUCCGAUAGAUUAUGGAGCUGAUGGAUCCAGCUUCCCCCACGAAAACGCCGAACCAACCCUCACAGACCGAGAAGUCCUCGAAACAGAACUAAUCCGCCGCCUAAUCUCCUCCUACUUCCACAUUGUCCGCGAAACCAUCGCCGACCAAGUCCCCAAAGCAAUCAUGCACCUUCUAGUAAACCACAGCAAAGACGUCGUUCAGAACCGCCUCGUCAGCGAAUUGUACAAGGAAGAUCUCUUCGGCGAAUUGCUGUACGAGGACGACGGGAUCAAGGCCGAGAGAGAGAAGUGUGAGAAAUUGUUGGAGACGUAUAAGGAGGCCGCUAAGAUUGUGGGUGAGGUUUUAUAA